GUCCAUAUAUGGUGUGUCGUCGGGGCGCAGUGGAUUGUGGGUAGGUUUUCGGAUCGGCCAUAACUGUCUUUCCCAGCGACUGAAGGAGAGAAGCGGAGUCAUGACGGGGUUCAGAGGUUUCACUCAUCUCUCCAGACGCUGUUAUGCCGCUGCCGCCAGGAGGAGCGAGGCAUUGACUGAACCUCUGGUCGCCCGAAAUCUCGCAGCAGCGCCGUCCCUCCCUCCCCAGGACGUCCAGGUGUCCAAGCUUCCCAGCGGUCUUCUCAUCGCCUCUCUGGAGAACUACUCUCCGGUCUCUAAAAUCGGUGUGUUUGUGAAAGCCGGCAGCCGCUACGAGACUGCAGAAAACCUGGGCGUCACUCACAUCCUGAGAUUAGCGGGAAAUCUGACCACUAAAGGUGCUUCGGCGUUCAGGAUCUGUCGGGGUCUGGAGGCGGUGGGCGCCAGUUUGAGUGUGACUUCAUCGAGGGAACACAUGGUCUAUUCUCUGGACUAUCUAAGGGAUGAUUUUGACGGCGUCAUAGAGUACCUGAUCAAUGUGACCACCGCUCCUGACUUCAGACCCUGGGAGCUGUCUGACCUCUCGCAGAGGGUCAAGAUAGACAAGGCCGUGGCGGACCAGAGCCCGCAGAUAGGUGUUCUGGAGAAGCUGCACGAAGCUGCGUAUAAGAACUCUUUAUCCAACUCUCUGUACUGUUCAGACCACAUGGUGGGGAAGUUUAGUGUUGAUCAUCUGCAACAGUUCUUCUCCAAUAAUUACACCAGCGGUAGAAUGGCCCUCGUUGGAUUAGGCGUCAGUCAUGCUGCUCUGAAGAAGGUGGGCGAGCGGUUCAGUGUCCGUACAGGGACUGGUGCGGCGGGGGCUAAAGCCGUUUACCGCGGCGGUGAGCUGCGCGUGCAGAGCGGUGGAUCUCUGGUUCAUGCCCUGCUGGCGUGCGAAGGAGCCGCGGUGGGCUCGGCGGAGGCCGACGCCUUCAGCGUGCUGCAGAGGCUUCUGGGAGCAGGGCCGCAUGUCAAGAGAGGAUCCAACAUCACCAGCAAACUCAGCCAGGGCAUCGGCAAAGCCACCGCACAGCCCUUUGACGCCACGGCUUUCAGUGCUGCUUACUCGGACUCCGGCCUCUUCGGUGUGUACGCCAUCUCGCAAGCGGACUCGGCCCGCGAGGUGAUCGGUGCAGCCGUGGCACAGGUGACGGCUGUAGCUGAGGGAAGACUCACUGCAGAAGACCUCACCAGAGCCAAGAGCCAGCUGAAGACCGAUUAUCUGAUGUCUUUGGAGAGCUCAGAAGGUCUGCUGGAGGAGCUGGGGGUUCAGGUUUUGAGCAGCGGCGCGUACAGCUCACCGCAGUCUGUGACGGAGAACAUCGACUCGGUGACCUCCGGCGACGUUGUCAACGCUGCAAAGAAGUUCGUAGAGAGCAAGAAGACCAUGUCGUGUUGUGGACACCUGGCAAACACACCAUUUGUUGAUGAACUGUGAGAGAGAGUCCCAGUCUGCACACAUUGUGCAGCUGCUUAUCUGAGCGUAAAAACGUUAUUAAACUUGUACGAAUCCCUGAUUGCCGCUGACAGUUGUUGUUUUGUUUUGGUCGGUUCAUCGUGAAAGCCAAUCUUUAAUAAAGCUGCACUGGGAGCAGAGGGAUCAGUUUCGUCCAUUUCACUGUAUAUCCGAUGUGCUUUCAUUAAAACAAAUCUAACGGUGA